GUCGGCCCUAACAAAAGCCACGCUGUAUGAGAUAGAAAUGCCAGACACGAAGAAGCAGCCGCCGCCACCCCCGCCGCCGUCGCUGGGGUCUCCAUCGAGAAAGCGGAAGAAAGGAAAGAAUGGCAUCACCCACCCGUUAAAGCGAGGUCGACUGGAAUGGGGCCGCCACAUGCGGACGAAAAAGCGGCAGUUUGCCGCCACGAUGAUCCAGCGCAAGUUUCGAGCGUACCGAUACCACAUGGACCACCGGGAAACCAGAGACAACGUGCGAUCGACGAUGCAACGAGUCAAGCUGCAUCGUAUCUUCUUCGACAGGGAGUUCUGGGAAGGCGUCAACCUCCGAGACCUCAAACGCGCCGAGUUGGAGGAUUUGGCGUUCCGAUUGGAACUGCCGACCACCAUGUGCAAGAAGGAGCACAUGAUUCGCUCGAUCCAGCACUGGAUCGACUUGCGCAUGCACGUGCAAGACGUAGCCAUCGAAGCUGCGAUGCGCGCGACCGAGAAGAAGCUUCAAGCCCAGGGAUGCGUGUACGUGCUGCCUGCAUUGCCCAAGGGGGAGCCUCGAAUCAUUCGACCACUUAGUGGCCGCAACAUCACCAUCGUCGCCGCGGGCUACGAAUCGGAAGCGUUGUACGCGAUAAAUUCUGCGAGUGGGGCCGUGUGGUUGUGCAAGACGUCAGGACAGUCGGCGCAAGUGGGGUACUGCAGCACGUUGGUGAACCAGGACACGUUUGAUCUGCCGUACCAGUCGACGUGGCUGGCGAACCCCAUGCCGAUGCAAACGUUGCGAAUUGGACACAUCGAGUCCAUUCAAGUGACGCAUUCGCACGCGAUGGCGCUAGCCAAGGCGGGCGAAGUGUACAGCUGGGGCAGCAACGCCCACGGCCAACUGGGCGCCGACAAUGCGACCAAACAUCACCAGAAUCCCGUUGUGGUCGGGGCCAUCGAGAGCUUUGUGACUAUUUCCAUUGGAGUCGGCGCCCAGCAUUCCAUGGCAGUGUGCAAUCAAGUCAAGGGGCGCGACGGCGUGCUGUUCGCGUGGGGAAGUAACUCGCAUGCGCAAUUGGGCCUCGAUGAGGGAGGCACGGUGUUCACUCCUGUGGAAGUAAAAGCCUUGCUCGGAGUCACGGUUCGGAAAGUGGCUUGUGGUACAUUGCACAGUGUCGUGGUAACCGCCGACGGUGACAUGUACUCGUGGGGGUGCAAUGACGGAGGUCGCCUGGCCCAGGCCAUAGGCGACAACAUUGUGUCGCAGCCCCGAAAGGUCACGGGGCUCAUUGCGCCGUACAAUAAAGCCAUCGACAUUGCAUGCGGGCCAUGGCACACGGCUGCGCUGAUGGUGGAUCGCCUUGGUCAAACCAGUGGCGUCGUAUUUACGUGGGGAAAUGGAAUCUGCGGCCAACUCGGACAAGGCAAUGUUCUGCAUGCCACGUCCCCCCACAUGGUUAUCCUCCCCCCCAUGAAGCGCGCCAACGAGCCGCUGGAGUUCGUCAAAGUCGUGUCUUGCGGGAUGCAUCACACCGCCGUUCUCACGGAGACCGGGUCUCUGUACACGUGGGGAAGUCACCAGGCGUUCAGUCCCCUGCCGCACAAGUUGCCGUCGUUAAAAGGGUCGCGGGGGCGCAUUGCCACGAUCGCGUGUGGCGCUUCGUUUACCGCGUUUUGCAUUUUGGCCAUGGACGAACAGCUGUACGAAGCCAAGCAUCGCCAUUUGCUGUGGCAUACAAGGUCGACCGAAGUACCCAAGUUGGAUUUGUCCAUGUGCCCGCCAAUGCCAUUGCAAUCCUCUCAUGCGUGCAUUCCUCGGUUGCGUCCAAGUGCGGAAAUGCGAGCUGAAGACAUGCUCAAAAAGGCGGCGGAGGACGCGUUGGACGGCAUCGACUUGCAAGACAUGCUGCAUCCAAGGUGUCGGCUGUGCUGGCGGUGUCCAGGGUUUGAAUCCACUUUGAACAAGCUCACACUGUGUCGCAUAUGCAAGCACAAGCGAGAACACCACGGCAAGCGCAAAGGGUCCAUGGGCGAAUACGAAGCGGUGCGGAAGCUCCAGGGAAAGUUCCGGCAGCGACAAGGGGUCAAGUUCCUCCACCAAACGUUCCUCGAGCGCAUCCAGCGCGUGUUUUCGAUUCGGCACGACGCGUUUUUCUAUUUCAACACGUGCAACCACCACAAGUCGUGGGCUCGGCCGACGCUGCUGCCCCUGCACUUGGAGUGCCCCAUCCGCGACCCCGACGACGACGAUGUCAUCAAGCCACCGUACACCGUCGACGACGCCGCCAGAGUCAUCCAGAGCCUAUACCGAUCCCGAAAAGCCCGCAAACUCGUCCAGGCGAUCCUGCGCAGUCGGUAUGAAACCUGUGUCAACAAGGUAGACGGACGAACGUACUACCGAGACCGGCGCACGAACGCCGUGCGGUGGGACAACCCGUUCCACGACGUCCCCAAGCCGAUCAAGCGGCGGCGAGGCAUGUCCGAAGCCGAAGCUAUCGCCACCGUUCAGCGAUGUGUGCGGGGGGCGAAAGCACGCAAGAACCUGCGGCUCAUGAUGCAAAAACGAUUCCAAGCCGUCGUCGACACGUCCACAGGUGCCACGUAUUACUUUGACUCGAAAACGAAAGACGUGACAUGGACCAAACCGAGAUUCUUCAACGAGACACCGACGGUGGAACCUCGCAAGCCCCGACCAACAACGUACACCAAAGCCACGGCGGCGUCGACGCUGCAGCGGCUGUACCGGGGUCGGAAAGCCAGACGUAACCUCGUGGCGCUCGUACAGGCGCGGUUCCAGCAAGCGUGGGACCCUACAACCCAACAACCUUAUUUCGUCGACACCGUCACCAAAACCACGACAUGGUCCAAGCCAGCGCUGCUCAAACAUGUCGAGAUUCCGCCCGUGUACAAUACCAUUAUUGGUCACGACAGUUCCCUGCACCACAAACGAAAGAAAAAGAAGGCGUACAACAUGAACGACGUGGAUGCCGCCAUUCGAUUGCAAGCUGCGCUGCGGUCGAAACUUGCUCGCAAACGCGCCCAGAAACAACUGCAUCGGCAGUACGAGCGCGUGUGGGAUCCCGAAACGAAAGCCCAUUUUUACCACAACAUCAAGACCGACGUCGUGACGUGGACGCCGCCACCGUUGUGGAACGAUGCGGUGUACGAUAAAGUCGUGGUGGAAAUGGCCAAAGAGAAGGAAGCACUGGCGGCGGCGACCCAAGCAGCCGACAAGGCAUCUCGAGGCGAUCAAGGUGACAGUAAUGCCACCAACGGGGAAAGUGUACAAGCUGUAGCUAGCCCCACGAUAAUAUCCACGCCCCCAAGGCGGCGCCGCCCUUACACCGUACUGGACCCGGAAGAAGCUGCCAAGAUUGUACAGCGGCACUAUCGAAGACACAAGGCCCAAGUAGUGUCUAUCAACGCAUUGGUGUCGCGGUUUCAAAAGGUUUACGACCCCAAUACUCAACGGAGCUUCUACUACGACCACGUGAACAAGACAUCCUCAUGGACGGCGCCACUGCUGCUUCAAAAGCGCACUCGAUUGACAAGCCCGAGUCCGACCAAGUUUAAAACCCAGGACAGCGCGGCCGUGCGCAUUCAAGGAAUCUUUCGGCUCCGUAAAGCCCGCCAGGAAGCUCUGCACCUCGCCCAAGCCAGCUACGAAAAAGUGUUCGACGAGACUGUCCAAGCGUAUUACUAUUUCAACUUGAAGACGGGCGAAAGUCAAUGGACCAAGCCCAAGUGCUUUCGAGCCAGCGACGCUGCACGCGUGGUCAACGUGGACGGCGAAGGACAGGUCGUGGUGGAACCAAGCACCAAUCGAAUACUGUAAUGCACAAGUACAAAAACCAAUGAAGGUCCAAUACGAG